GCGCGCACGCCGAAGCCCGGGCAACGCGCACGCGAGGGGAGUUUUUCUUGGUUCCGCGGUGGGAUAAACGAGGGAGGAGGUUACCAAGCCUUUGUGUAUGUGUUGGCCUCUGAAAUCUUGAAGAAGUUCUGCAUUGAGGACAGUCAAAACAGCAAUCAUCAACAAAAAUGGACUGUUUGGGUUCCUUUAGCAAUGAUCCCUCUGAUAAGCCACCUUGCAGAGGCUGUUCCUCCUACCUCAUGGAGCCAUAUAUUAAGUGUGCUGAAUGUGGACCACCUCCUUUUUUCCUCUGUUUGCAGUGUUUCACUCGAGGAUUUGAGUACAAGAAGCAUCAAAGUGAUCAUACUUAUGAAAUAAUGACCUCUGACUUUCCUGUUCUUGACCCCAGCUGGACUGCUCAAGAAGAAAUGGCCCUUUUAGAAGCAGUGAUGGACUGUGGCUUUGGAAAUUGGCAGGAUGUAGCUAAUCAGAUGUGCACCAAGACCAAGGAAGAAUGUGAGAAGCACUACAUGAAGCAUUUCAUCAAUAAUCCUUUAUUUGCAUCUACCCUGCUAAACCUGAAGCAAGCAGAAGAAGCUAAAACUGCUGACACAGCCAUUCCAUUCCAUUCUACAGAUGACCCUCCACGACCUAACUUUGACUCUUUGCUGUCUCGGGACAUGGCUGGAUACAUGCCAGCUCGAGCAGAUUUCAUUGAGGAGUUCGACAAUUAUGCAGAGUGGGACUUGAGAGACAUUGAUUUUGUUGAAGAUGACUCAGACAUUUUACAUGCUCUGAAGAUGGCUGUGGUAGAUAUCUAUCAUUCCAGGCUAAAGGAAAGACAAAGACGAAAAAAAAUUAUAAGAGAUCAUGGAUUAAUCAACCUUAGAAAGUUUCAAUUAAUGGAACGUCGGUAUCCCAAAGAGGUCCAAGACCUUUAUGAAACAAUGAGACGGUUUGCUAGGAUUGUGGGGCCAGUGGAACAUGAUAAAUUCAUUGAGAGUCAUGCACUGGAAUUUGAACUCCGAAGGGAAAUCAAGAGGCUCCAGGAAUACAGGAUAGCAGGCAUCACCAAUUUUUGUAGUGCCAGGACUUAUGAUCACCUAAAGAAGACACGGGAGGAGGAACGCCUUAAACGUACCAUGCUCUCUGAAGUUCUCCAGUAUAUCCAGGACAGUAGUGCAUGCCAGCAGUGGCUCCGCCGGCAAGCUGACAUUGAUUCUGGGCUGAGUCCUUCCAUUCCAAUGGCUUCAAAUUCAGGUAGACGAAGUGCACCACCCCUGAACCUCACUGGCCUCCCUGGAACAGAGAAACUGAAUGAGAAGGAAAAGGAGCUCUGUCAGAUGGUGAGAUUGGUCCCUGGAGCCUAUUUAGAAUACAAAUCUGCUCUCUUGAAUGAAUGUAACAAGCAAGGAGGCUUGAGACUGGCACAGGCAAGAGCUCUCAUCAAGAUAGAUGUGAACAAAACAAGGAAAAUCUAUGAUUUCCUCAUCCGAGAAGGCUACAUCACGAAAGCCUGAGUCUCUCUGCAGGCUUGGGAACGCAAGUCAAAAGUUUGGAAUGUUGAAGGCUGAAGGACGGAUAAGCAUUCUGAAGAGUUUUGUUUUUGAACAGAAUUCUUAUUGUAAAGAGAAGGACAAAGAAAACCUUAAGUUGCA